UUAUGGGUAUUCUCUGAUAUGGUAGUUGUUAUGUUAGUGAUUUCUUUGAUACCGACUCUUACACAAUAUCUCUGCCACUUGUCAGUGCAAAUAACCAGUACAUUCAGUACCAGUUUGUAUUUUUCCCCUUGGUUUUUCAUGCCUAAUUUUCUAGAAUUCACUUUGUCCCAAAAUAUGUAUUUAUUUGUUUGGAAUUAUAUGUGGUAGAUUUUGCUUCAUAUUAACUUGAGAUGGGGUUAAUUCACCUGGACUUCACUUAGAUUCUUACUGCUUCUUGCUCCUGCUUUGGUUUAUCUAUUGGGUUCUCGGUUUUCCUCUACACUGUGGCUAAUAGAAAUCUUCACUGCUCCACUCAAGGAUCCACACAACUUUCUCCUUCUUCUCCCAAAAUUGUUUAGUCUUCCUCAGGAGGAGACCAGCAUGGGCUCUGUUUUCUGCUUUCUUAAUGCAUCUGUCUCUAAACCGCUACUGCUCCCCCAUCUCCAGUCUUAGAAAACAUCGUGCUCUCCAACUGUAGUUCUAGGUUUUUUCCUCUGUUCUCUCUUAUUUGCUUUGCUGAUCCUGCAAUAACAUUUUUUCCUGUAUGUCAGUCCUGUUCUUCCAGAUUUUCUUUCAUUUUCUGACAUGCAGAGGCAAAAAUUAGCUUGAGAAACAUUGAUUUUUCUCUUUUUGCCCAAGGCUUCCCCUUUAUCCUAAUAACACAGUUUUGGGAAGUGGGAUGUAGUCAGUUUCCUUACCUUGAGCUCAUUCCUUAGCUUUCCGAGACUCCGGCUACAAUUCUGGAAAGAGACUUCUUAAAAGUCACUACUUACUUUUCUUCUGGUCACCAAAUCUGAUGUCCUCUUUGUUCCCACUCUAGUCUCCUUGGGCUAGCUGAAAGGAAAGAAUAUUAGUCAUAUUUCUUUUGAUAGACGUUUUAAUGCCUUUACGGUAGCUUUUUAAAAUUUUUGCUGAUUAGGAAACUGAGGGUCAGAAACUUUGAGUAAGUUGUUUAUAUUUACAUCAUCUUUUAAUGGUGGAGCCCAGAUUUUUAGUCCCUCUUGUAAGAAGUAUGGCUUUAAACUCCAAUAUGUAAGUAUGUUUAGCACACUUUGCAUCUUUAAAUCUUAGACUCUUGGCUCUGGGACAUUAUUCUACUGUUUGACAUAGUCUCUCCUUAUGAACCUUUUUAUUCAAGAUCCUUAACUUAUACUUACAAUCUUUACUUUUUUUCUAUUCCCUAAUACUGUUGCCAAUUAUCUACUGUGACUUUUUAGUUUAUCAGCACCUCAAAGUUAUCACUCUAAGACCAAACUUAUCACUGUGUCCUUAAAAUCAACCCUUUUUAUAACUUGCCCCUCACAAAUCACGUUUUUUUUUUUUUUGUCAGUCGUUUUUCUGUUAAGCUAGAAACAUGAAUUAAUGUUCCCUUUUAUUGUCCUUUGGCCUGAUAGCCAGCAUAUUUAUCAAGUAUAUUCAUUUCUUUUAUGUAGUUUAUGGAGUUCUAGUAAUGUUUUUUUUUAAAUUUGUUAUUUCCUUUUUAAUUCUGUUUUAUCACACAUUCAUUCCUGAACAAAUAAGUAGCCCACUAAUUUAUUUCUAUUAUUUCUCUUUAUACUAUGAGUCCCUCCUUAUUCAAGAGAGGGGUUAUGUUCCAAGAAACCUAGUGGAUUUAUAAAACUGUAGCUAUUGCUGAAGCUAUGCAUACUAAGAUUUUUUCCUUUGCAUACAUACUUAUGAAAACGUUUAAUUUCCAAAUUAAACACACAGUUAUUAGAAGUGAUCACCAUAAAAUAGAACAAUCAUAAAAAUGCUUUGUAAUGAAAGAUGUAUAAAUGUAUUCUCUGUCUUAAUAUCUUCUUGUAAUUUCUUUCACCUUUUCAUGUAGAAGCAUUUUAUGGUUUCCUGUUGGCAUAUCUGAAUCGCUUACAUUACCAUUCUUAAAGCUUUGGGGCCAUUCGUAAGUAAAGAACAGAGCACAGAUACCACAAAGUUAGAUCUUAUAACCGAGAUGGCUAUAAAGUGACUAAUGGACACAGCGAAGAUACAUGUCCUAUGGGAUGGAGCUGGACAGCAGAUUUUAUCAUACUACUCAGAAUGGCGCACAGUUUAAAAUAUAUACAUUACUUCUGAAACUUUUCAUAGUAUUUUUAGAUCACAAUUGAAUGUGCAUCGGGACCGGGACUAUAACUCAGCAGCACAACACAUGAGUUCAAUUCCUAGUACAAAAAAAGAAAAAUGAAUAUGCAAAACUGAAAAGAUAAGAAAGCAAAACCAUGACUGAAGAAAGAAAACUCUACUGUUAAACUGAUACCGCAAGAUAUUGCUUCACCAUUUUAAAAAGGCCUACAGAGGACUGCAGGGGGUAAACUACUUCAUGUCCAAGGGUAUCCUAGAUGAUUCGCCAAAGGAAAUAGCAAAGUUUAUCUUCUGUACAAGAACGCUAAAUUGGAAAAAACUGAGAAUCUACCUUGAUGAAAGGAGAGAUGUGUUGGAUGACCUUGUAACCUUGCAUAAUUUUAGAAAUCAGUUCUUACCAAAUGCACUGAGAGAAUUUUUUCGUCAUAUCCAUGCCCCUGAAGAGCGUGGAGAAUAUCUUGAAACUCUUAUUACAAAGUUCUCACAUAGGUUCUGUGCUUGUAAUCCUGAUUUAACACGGGAACUUGGCCUUAGUCCUGAUGCUGUCUAUGUACUGUGCUACUCGUUGAUUCUACUUUCCAUUGACCUCACUAGCCCUCAUGUGAAGAAUAAAAUGUCAAAAAGAGAAUUUAUUCGAAAUACCCGUCGUGCUGCUCAAAACAUUAGUGAAGAUUUUGUAGGGCACCUUUAUGACAACAUCUACCUUAUUGGCCACGUGGCUGCGUAAAAGCACAAUUGCUAGGACUUUAACUUUUUACUUCAGACUAAAGCUAUCCAAGGACUCAUUAGCAGAUGUGAGGUUAUAACCGUGUUGGUCAUUCUACCCUCUGUAUGCAGUCAAGCUUGAGUAUACAACUUCUUUUUCUUUCACUAUUUUCUUUUUUAAUAAUUUCUUGGGGGAACUAAAUAAUUUUGUAGUCUUUUCUUAAUUUUGCUUAUUAUGUUUUGCACAAAGCCGAGCCAUUAUCUGACCCAGCUGUUAAAGAAUCUUAAACUGACAUACAUUAUACGCUAUAAAAUGGUGUAUCUGUGCAUUAGAUUGGCCUGAAAAACUUUAUCCAUUUCCAUUUUUUAAAAUACAAUAGAUUGUGUACAUAUUUAACUAAAGAGAUUUAUAAUCAUAAUUAUUUUAUUGUAAAGAUUUUAACUAAAGUGUUUCCUUUUCUCUCAAACUGAGUUUUGAAAUUUAUUUGAUUCAAAUCAGAGAAUAUCAUUGUCUGUAAAACAGAGAACAUUGUUGGAUCUGACUUCAGAUAGAAACCAAUACCAGCUUUCAUUUGUAUGAAUUUGAAGACAGUGUUGAUUUGUUAUCAUGUUGCUGUGCAAAACCAGCACUUAUUUGUAUAAUGUAAAUUUAUCACUUGAUUAUUUAUUUUAAAAUCUUCCAGGUUAGUCAAGUCUUGAUAAGCCCCUUAAACCACUUAGGAUUUUUUUUAAAGUGUGUUCGAAUUUUAAAAGAGCAGAAUAAAAUGGUAUUAGAAUUAUGGUAAA